UGUGUGUGUGUGUGUGUGUGUAAGUUCAGAUUAAAUCAGAUGAAAAUGCUGAAGACUUUCAGCUCCAAGAGCAUCAGAGCUCCGAUACAGGAGCAGAUCUCAGAGUUACAGAGGAAAAUACAACUGCUGGAGGGCGACAGAAGCGCGCAGUGUGAGAGUUCAGAGCGUUUAAUCCAAAAGAACAGGGAGAAGAUCCUGCAGCUCAGACAGGAGAAUAAACUCCUGCACCGGAAACUGGCCGAGCAGCUGGCUGGUGAUGAGAAGGUCAUCAGGGAUGCCUUUCAGUCUCGCAGCUCAGAGAAGGCUGUCUACAGGAACAUGUCAGGAAAGGUGGCAGUGCAGCUUCUGGAUCAGAAAGUGUGUGAUAAAGUGAAGAAGCUGAACGCACUGAAACAUGUGACAAACACACAGCGCCACCGUCUGGAGGAACUGAACACUGAGUACAACACUGUGAAAGAGUUCAGACCUGGCCUGGCAACUGACAGCAUCGCUACGAAUGAAGGGGACUUCGCUGAUGUACAGCCCCAAAAGACCCUGCGUGUGUUGGAGAACCGGUUAGAAAAAUCACAGCUGAAAUGUCAGGAGGCAGAACACAUCACAAGGAGCUACCUGAAACUAAAGGCCCACCUGCAGGAGGAGAGUCUGACGUUCCAAUCUCAGUUAGACAAGUUGGAGUGUGAGAUUAUUCGACAGAAACAGGAGCUUAGAGAUCUGCAGAUAAUGAACAACAACGCACAUCAGGCCAAAGACGCAGCCAAGGCAAAGCUACAGCGUCAGGAGUUAAUGUUGUACAGUGAGAGGAGGGAGAGAGAGCUCAUCUUGAACCGCUACAAAAAACACGCAGAGGAACAAAAAGCACAAGCUGACCGGGGGGAACGCAGAGCCCAGAGGGUGACGCUUCACACAGAUGAGUUGAGCAGUGAAGCCCAGCGCAGUGGAACAGCAGAGGGAGAAAAUGACAAAAUCAUCUCCGGCUUCGAGGAGGCCUUCACACGCAUCACUGAGGCUACAGGAGUCACUGACGCCCAGGAUGUGGUGGCCAGGUUCAUAUCUCAGCGUGAUACUCACACACACCUGGAGCAGAUGAAGGUGCAGAAGGAGCAAGAGCUUCAGCGGCUGAAGGAGAAGAGAGACGAAGUGCAAACUCAGUACCAGGACAUGAAGUACUCAGGAGAGACCAAACUGAGCCAUGGAAGGAGGCUGUUGGAGGAGUGUGUGUCUCAGGUACAGAGGGAACAGCAGAGACGAGACACAGCUAAAGAGACUCUGGACAGAAUCACACACACACUGAACACUGUGAGCAACGCUGUGGAGCAUCUGUGUGACAAACUAAAGCACAUCACACUGCAGGAUGCCCCUGAGCAGCGAGAGUGUGUGUCUCCUCUGCCUGUGUUGGAUCUGGUACAGGAGGCGAAGCUCAAACUGAUGGAGCUGCAGGAUCGACUAAAGGGUCACGAUCUACACACACUCAUGAAGGAGAUGGAGGAGCAGGAGUUCCAUGCUAGCCUUGAAGGGAAACUUCCUGAGUCCAACACCCGCAUCACACUGCCGGAUUAUCAGACAGCUGAUCUGUACGAAGUAGAAGAGGACGACAGCAGUGAUGAUGAUGGUGAUGUCAUCACUCGAACAUCCCUGAAACGCCAAUCACAGUUCCUCAUCGACUCCAGGACAAAAAGGAAGACUCGCCUGAGGAAGAGGAAGAGCAAACUGUGACCUUUCACCCCGUUUAACCUCAUUUCCUUUUUUAGUUCUGCACAAUCAGAAACAUAUGAUAUAGUUCUUAUAUUAUUAGAUAAUGAGAGUUUAACUUCUCAUCACCUGUAGUGAGGAUGUCAGAGUGAGGAAUUAUCACUUUGCAUCAUGUAGCAGGUAGAGACGCACCUGAUGCACAUCAAUUAUAGGACACACACACACACACACACACACACACACACACACACACACACACGAACAGGUUAAAUAAUGACAGUGUGGAUCAGGAGCUCAGAAUUCCCCAGAGUCAACAAGAGAGAGACAGAGAGAGAGAGAGAGACAGAGAGAGAGAGAGAGACAGAGACGGAGAG